CUGCUUGUGCCAUCUGUUAUCCUUAGUUUGAGACAGAAGAAAACGAGAAAAUCCUCCUUUGAACAAAAGUUGCCAGCAGUAGUCUGUUUUUUUCCAAAUGAUUCAAGACAAUUUGGCAUAGUUGAAUCUAAAAUAUGAUGGUUUUAAGGAUGCUUUUUUUUCAAACCAUUACUAAAUCCAUUUGCACAAAGUUAUUUUUUGUCAACGUCAAAGCAUGCGCUGUCAAUCCAUUUGAGUCCACUUAACAUACAAAGUGUCAGUCAAUAAAACUGGUAUCAUAAAAGCAACAGUAAUAACUUAUUGGCUGCCAUUGACAGAAAUAGAAUCGCAAUCUAUAUUGUAACUCAUCGCCUACCAUUGAUGUCUAUAGACAUACAUUUGAAAUGGACGAGAUGUCUUUCGUCAUCAGUGGCAGCCAAGAGUCCAGAAUCUGCAUUGGACAAAGUGUCAAGAGUCAAGAAUCUGCAUUGGACAAGGCAUCUGCCGAGAUGGUCACAGAGCCGCAACCACAUUAGUGAUGGCCUCUCUAGGCCCUCCGGCGCCCUUGCUGUGCGUCCUACUGUGGGUGUCGGUGGCGCCGCAGAGAUCGGACAUGCGUCUGGCAUACGUGACGCAAGACAGUUUCUACUACUAUGCGUGCAGCAAGGAACCAGAAGCCUGCAGCAUGGCGUCGCUGGCCACCUGCCGAUGCAAAGCCAUCCCGACGCCAUACUCCUCGCCCGUCUUUCGUAUGCGCCGUCUCACCGUGUGGUACACGUCACCCUGGAACGCCGCUCGCCUCCUCAACAACUCUGAGGUUCUCCACCUCACCCUGAUGGACUGCAGAGGCGGUUCCCGGGAGAGUGCCGUGCCCUCUUCAGAGGGUCACUUUGCAGUGCAGCACCUGGAGCAACUAAGCGUCAUCAACUUCCCGCUCAUGCCUCAAACGAACAUGGAGCCCGAGAGCGACAAUGAUCUCCAUUUUGAAGCGGACAGGUGGAGGUGGCGGGAGGCGCCACAGGAGCAGCACGUUGUCCUGGGCCGGGAGCGGGGAGCGGCGUACCACGAGCAGGCCCGACUAGGCGUCAUCCACGGUUCUGUGCUACGGGGCGGUGCCGCGGGCGUCAAGGUGUACACGGUACAAACUCAUAUCGACAGCGACGGCACACUGCCGUUCCCUGACCUGUGUUUGCCAAAGCUGCCGGAAACUUCAGUUAUCUACGUCAGCUUUGUGUACAAGAGGGAACCGAGUGAAGACUGAACGCACGCUUUGUAAAUACAGUCAACUCCCAUUUGUGGCGAAGAUAUGACCUCAAACAUAAACAUCUGAUACAGACAGAAAACAACAAUUCUGAUUUUUACACCUUUCAGACCUAGGGUGUUGGUUUGGUCCCAACAUUGGUAGGGGAGGGAAAAUAUAACAGCAUAACCUGCGUGUACCCUUUUUGCAGAGGACAGGACAUUAAUAAGACCAAACAGAUUACUGAACGGGGGCCAAGGCCACAUUUCUCAUGAAUAUAGUUUUGCAAGUUAGCAAGUUCAAACAGAUAAAUGAUAUGCUAACUCUGAUGCAGGUCGGACUUUCAGAGACACAAACAUUGACAUCUUUUUACAUUACAUACAGUGGCUUGUGCUUGCUGAAAAAAAACUUCUAAUAUCCCUCCUCUUCGAAGGGGGUGGAGGAGGCAGCAUGUUGUAUUUCAGUCAGAGUUGAGUGUGCGUCUGCGUAGCUGGAGGAGGGGCCGGGGAGUCAAGUCAUCAGCCCAUCAAAUGUGCGUUUGGGGGGGCGGUGCGGGGGGUGGACUGGCACAUUCAGCAAGUGAAAAGGCGUCAAUGUAAGUCUGAACAUAAUGAAAGUAAUUCACUUAAUAAUGGUAGGGUCAAUUCUAUCCUUACAACAUAUGGGAAGACAAUCUAAAUGUCCUACAUAACUGAACUGUUAUAAUGCAAAUAAGGUAUCUUAAAAGUUGGUGGGACAAAAUGAGCAUCCUGAAAAGUUGGUAGUGUUACGUCCCUCCGGUCCCUAUGCAAACCUACGUCCUUGUUUCAGACAGGGCAAACAUGCAGCGGUCGUUACCUUGACAAAGGUGUGGUCUAACCAAAAGCCAUAUUUUAAAGUGGUAAUUAAGCCAAGUGAACUCAUUUACUGCCAUAAUCUAUUGAUGAAUAUUUUCAUCAAUUUGAAUUUGAAUCUUCACUGCCAUUGACAAGUUUUUUGUUUUUUUUUUCCAUUUUUUAACUGUUCUCCAGGAAUCCAAUAAAAACAGAAUAUGGCUUUAACAAUCUAAAUCGCAAUACUCAGAUUCACAAUCCUGUCUUGUGGUGUAAGAUGACACAGUCAUGACACACCUUCAAGCCGAUUUGAAAACAAAUGUUUUGCAUCUUCUGGUAACUCGAAAUGAAACAGGCUGAGACCACAACAAUAACCUGCGAGCUUGCAAAAAAGUUAAGUAUUUUACACUGUGCCCUGUACAGUGACAAUAAAAAUCCUUUGAAUCUUUCGAACUGUUGAUUUUGGGACAACCAUCUCAAUCCAAAUUGGGACAUCCAACCCCAUCUCAUGAUUUUGGUUAAAAACUAAACUACCAGCUAGUAAGCAACUGGGUAGAGAGUGUAAAAAAAAAAAAAAAAAAAGUGUUUCUUUCUAUUUAAUGUCUGCAUAGGCUACAAAUAAAAAAAUAUUAAAUGAUGUAGAAAAGAAAUACAUUUUAAUUAAUGAAUAAAUGUACUAAAUGCACAGUUGAAUUAAAGUUAACCGUAGAAAACACAUACAGGAGGACGCUUCAUCUUUCUACUCGAGUUUUACAGGUUAGCAAGUUCACACAGUUUAAUGUUAUUCGACUCUGAUGCAGGUCGGAGUUUCAGUAGCAAAAUUAGUGGCUUUUUCCCCACCACAUUGAUGUCUUUUUACAUUACUUACAGUGGCUGCUGCUGGCCGAAAAAAACCUAAUAUCUUUUCUCUUCGAAGUGGGGACGUGUAAGUCUGAACAUAAUGAAAAUAAUUCACUUAAUAGUGGUAGUGUAUAUUCUAUCUAUACUAUCCUUACAACAUAUGGGUAGUCCAUCUAAUAAUUAAACUCAUUACAUAAUGCAAAUAAGGUUUAUAAAAAGUUGGUGGGGACAAUUUGAACAUCCUGAAAAGUUGGUAGUGUUAUGUCCCGACCGUCCCUAUGCAAAUCUACGCCCUUGCAACUGGUGCUGCAACGAUUAAUCGAUUAACUCGAGUAAUUUGAUUAGAAAAAAAGCUUUGAAUCAAAUUUUUGCUGCUCCGAGUACUCUUUUAAUUUGAAUGGUGUUGUAAUGGUUAGUUUUGAAAGUGUUUGCAUUUAGUUUUAUUGAUUUGGGUGGGUACACUGCCCUCGAGUGGCAACAGUGAAUAGGACAUAACUCAUCUAACAUGGCUGAAUUCAGCUGCUCCCUGUUAAGACCAACAAAAGGUAAGUUUUUGUUUGAUGUUAAUUUUUUUAUGCUUUCGUAGUUUAUUUUAUAGUAAAGGCACACGAUAAUUAUCGGUCCGAUAAUUAUCGGUCCGAUAAUAGGAAUUAGGACGUCAUCUCAAUAAAUCCAAUAACAAUAUAUGUUAUCGGUCCUUUUAAUAAUAUUUUUGGUGUCGGAUUGGGAUGUGUGCGUUUGUUUCCACUCCUGUUUUGCCAGUAUGCAAAGUUUUGUUACUGUUCUAGAGGCCGUAUUUUUCCUUCACUGAGUUACGUAUAAACCUUUCUAUGGCAAUUAGCAAAUGUUUGCAUUUUACAGUGUUAUAAGUUGUGUGUUUACAAGUUAUUGAGAGGCCUUUUGGUUAUUGAUAGGCUUGCUGUUCUAUAAUUGCCAGGCUAACAAAGUUGUUUCAUGGACCAAGACCACAAAAGUCUCUUUUCCCGUUGCACCAAAUGUUUUAUUUGCUGACAAAGCACAAUAUCUGUUGGGUUUAUGUUUGUUUUAGAUCAGUGCUCAGUGUUCAGGGGAACACAUCGCAACGAUAUUGACUGAUUGAUAUACAUUAAAAAAUUAUAUAUAUUAUCGGUUAUCAUAUCAGUAUCGGCCUUGGGGAGCAGGAAGUUAUCGAUAUCGGUUUCAAAACAUGGAUAUCGUGCAUCCCUAGUUUAUAGGUAUAUUUAGCCUUUUUUUUGUGGGAAUAUGUGUUUGAAUGAUUUUUUUGAGAGAACUGAAAAAAAAAAGCAUUUUAUAGCGUUUAAGCUAGCAGACUUUUGCUAUACGAGUUUGCCAAUUGUUCUUUUGUUGUACUUAGAUCUUCAUUUUUUUUUUUCCUUCAUACCAUUUGGGGAUAAUAUCAUCAAGAUUUUAUAUGAAAUUACAAUUCUGCAUAGUUUGAAGAAUACAGCUUGUUUUCCACAUCUCCCUCCUGCGACAAACCUGAAUCAAAUAAUCAGGAUCGUUGUCAGGCUUCUGCAGCGCUUGCUGAUGAGCAGAUCAUUUCAUUCUGGUGUGUUAAAGGAGGGAGACAUGGAAAACAAGCUGGAUAGGCCUCUUGAGAACCGGACUUGGGCACCCCUGAUGUAGUGAGUGUAAAGCAGAGGUCUCCAAACCGGUCCUCGAGGGCCGCUGUGGGUCCUGGUUUUUGUUCAUACCGAUCAAGCACAGACCUUUUAACGUAAUGUUGAUUCAUCUAAAACAAGCAGCACCUGACUGCAAUCAACUGAUUACACUUAUAAAACACCAGAUUGGUAAAAAGGUGUGGUCUUGUUUUGUUGGAGGGAAAUUCUGCACCCACUGUGGCCCUAUGUGGAAAUUUGAAGACCAAAGGUUUGUCAUACGUCAUUCCAGGCUCUGACCGGGAUUUGAACCCCCAACCUGUCGUACCAAAGUAACGUCACAAAAAAUAAUUUCAUAGUCUACAUUUAUCGAUGGUUUAGUUAUUCAAUUAAACAAUUGGUUACUUCAUUAGGAUGAAAUUGAUUAUAAAAUAACUGAAGUUUUUUUUUUUUUUACUUUGACAACCUUCUUAGCUCACCCAUGGUAAAAAUGUAUGACCUGCAAUGUGUCACUCACCUAAAGACACCACUAGAUGGCAGCAGAUGCACGCGAGGUUGAACGCAGCCCUCUCCAUAAUUAAACCAGCGCAGUGGUUUGCAAGUAGGCCUCACAAGGCUGAGUUUUGGUUCUGCUAGGGGUUCUCAGGCUUCCUCCAACAUGCAUGCAAGCUUUUUUGUCCGUUCCUCUGUUCUCUGCUACUCCCUGACAACCAGUUUGUCGUUUGUGCAGUUUACAGAAUGACCCCUGUCAUUGACUGACAUAAUAUGUGGCCUAUGAUUGACCAACGACCAGUCCAGGGAGUUGGUCCCCAGCUUCUUACUCUUAAUCCGCUCAAAUGGCCUCUGCUUCGGUCAUGUCCCACACCCGUGUAAGCAUACACACCUGCUGCUAGAGACGCACACAUUAGCAUGACAAAUGUGCUCAACAUGAAUGGUCGCUAAUGCCGCCUGUUGAUCUCGCACCUGACAGGUCAAACGAAGCCAUGUCUGUAUAAGCGUUCAUACGCCACGCCAUCACAAUUCGACUUUAUUAACGUUCAUUACGGCCCCAGCUGUAAAUGGGCCCGCAUUUGCCCGUCUCGAAGCCACUAAAACGAGUUUAUCAUCAGACGUUAUUGUCGGUGAGCCUCCUUGCGAGCGACGCGGCCAUGUUGGUCUUUUGAAAAGGGCAAAUCAGCCAUAAUUCAGUUUAUAAACGGUGGCAGAGCGGCAUGGGGAGACGGGGGGUGUGAGGAAAGAGAAAUGCCUGCAUGAAUAUUCACGAGGGCCUCGACUGCCGUGGCCGGUGAUUCAUUAGGCAUAUGUAAAUAUCACUCACUUUAAUUGCCCCUAAACUGACUCAACAUAAUGUUACCAUUAGCAAAUUAUUACUUAUUUGUGAUACUAAACGCUGCACAGAGACCAGACCAGACCGGAGUCAUUGCAAUUGCAAUGAUUUUGAUUCAGCACUGUCACUCCAUGUGUGCGUGUGUGUUUACCAUUGUGAACAUUUAUCUUUUUGAAAACAUUUUGACUGUUUAAAUUGCUUGCAUAAAAAUGUUAGCAUGACUUCAUAUUCCCCAUUAAGUUCUGCGUGUUUGUGGACAUGUUUUUCUCUAUCUAACGGGCUCUGAAUUUCAACCUUGAUUAAGAAGGGUUUCCGAUUCAGAUUUCUUUUUUCCCGAAAAUUAAUUUAAAAAAUAAAUUUAAAAAAUGUGAACGUUGCCUUGUUUACUACAUUGGUGAUCUUUUUUAAAAUUAUUUGUCGCCCAAACACUUAACCGUCUACCAUUACAACUGGUUAAAAUGUUCAUAAAGAGAUGCUCAUGUCGUUAUUUUUCAAACAUUUUUUGUAAAUGAAAUUAACCCUCUGGUGCACAGUGGUCACUACAUUGUAGAGCUACUCAAUCGUACUGUUCUCUUGAAUGCAUUGUUUUCUAUGGUUAAACUGCAUAACAACCUCAAGAGUGGUCCCUGCUGCCAUACUCUAUGGAGGUCAAUUCAGUGGUCAGUUGGUGUUACUGCAAGUAAAUAUCCUCUGAAUCCAAAGCCCCUUUCACAAAAAUAUCCCAGUAAUUUCGGGUGUUAGGUGACGUGGGAUUUACUCGUGUCAUUGCUUUCACGCAUGUAGAGAUAUCCCGGUAAUGACGUUGGAUUGACACUUAUACAGGCUUGUCCCGUGUUGGGCUACUGGUGCGAUUUUAUAACCCGGACAUUACGUCAUUUUUGGUCGGCAUCGGCUGUCACAAUGUUGGUCAAAUCGUGUUUUGGGAGCGUUCCCGAUGCCAUAACUGCAGCCAAUUCAAGCCCAUCAAGACUUUAUUUAAGCCCAGGCGAUCCAAGAAGAGGGUGCCAAGAUAUUAACUUGCUGGGUGCCAUUCGACACCUCUACCGCCCUUGUUUUGAAAUCCCCUAUGUUGUGCUGGUAUUUGAGUGUAUUUUUUUGUUCUCUUAUCAGCUCUCUGCCUACUAACUAGGUUAGCAUUAUUGAUCCCCGUCGACCUGUUGUCAUGGACCCAUUGUGUUAUUUCCCUUUUUCCGAAAUAGCGCGUAUUUUUGUUUGUAUUUAAUAAAUACUUGAACGCAUCCCUCCUUUGUUUUCUGCUUUGAGGUACAACCUUGUUUCCGCAGUUGCGGACCCGAACAUCGGCAACAAAAUAAAUCACACAUUUCCAAAGAUGGACGAUGGACUCGCUUCCUCGGUUCUACAAUUCAAUAGCAAUUAAAUUUUGUUAUGUUUUCAGUUUAAUUUAGCUUUUUCCAGUUUGCUAUGGUGACAAUUGCCAUGUUUGUUUCCAGCUUUUUGUCUGCGAAGAAAGAGGAAGUGGCCAUCGGCCAACCAUGAUAUUUACGUCAUCAGCCAUCGUGCUGUGACCCGGGAAUUUAACGCUUGCUUUCACAUAAGCCUCAUCCCGGGACUUUCACAGGCAUUAUACAAAGACGAUACCUGUGAAAUGUCCUCGUAAUCUCCUUGUCAGCCGACCUUGGAAAUUGCGUUCACAUACAAGGGCUGCCUGUUUAAAUCCCGGGAUUUUCACGGUGUUUCACCAUGUGUGAAAGGGGCUCAAGAUAGCCGACAAUCUGCCACCCCUGUCGACUACAACUGGCAUAUCCGACAAUACUUCUAUGCCGGAAGAGCUACAGUGGUAAAACUAAAUAUUAUGAUAUACAGUAAAAUGUAGGGAAAGAUAAUAUUUGUCUGGAAAUUAAAUGUUUGUGUAUAAUAUAUAGAAAUUUAUGAAUAACUAAGUGUCUAAUGAAGUGGACAUCAGGCAUCCCCCUGUAUAUUUUUGAACACGUCUUACAUAACUGCGUCACUGUUUUUAUGACUGUCUUAAUUAUUAGUAUGUAAUUGUUAUAUUUAUAAGCAGUGAAUUUAAAAUAUACAUUUUUGUGCAGAUUAGCUGUAGUUUGCAUUACUAUAUGCAUUUUAUCUUAGCUGUAGUUGGCAUUACUAUGUGCAUUUUAUUUUAUUUUGUAGACUUCAAAAGCAGCAAUGAAUAAGGCAUUCUACAGAAUAGCCUAGGAAAUUCCGUCCAGCUUCAGUGAUGAUGAGUGGCUGCCAGACAACAACAAAGAUAUUGGUGCUUAGGUGUAGGAGUCACAACAAAAAGUUUCAUUGGUUUUCUUGUUCAGGGCUAUGCAUUGUGCCUACUCUGUUGCAAGUGUUGAAAUUUCCCAAAAAUGGUUGAAAUGUUUAUAAAAGCAUAAAAGAGAUCAAUGGGUCACAAUACAUUCAUUUUUUUAUAUUAAAUUUACAUUGUGUUGUGUUGAGUGUGCAGGUGCAUGGGGUCCAGUGUAACUUCAUGAAGACAAAUCAUGUUUUUGAAAUUGAAUUGAACAUUAUUUUCAUGUCCUAAGAAGAAUUAAAAACACAUCAAGGAAAAAAGAAUCUUGACCAAAGAUUUCUUAAUUCAUGUAUCAGAGGGUUAAUAUAAAAAUGAGUGUUCUUAAAAAAAAAGAAGAAAGAAAGAAAGAAAGAAAACACACAACUAGCUCAAAUUACAUUUUAGGUUUACAAAGACUUCAACGCAAAAUCGGAAGUGACAAAUCAAGUUACAUUGUGAUCCUUUUCUGGUGUUUAUAUGAGACCACGACAGAAGCCAUUAAAAUACAUCUUUUCGGGGUGUAAAACAUUACCUCACGAGUUGAUAGUAGUGGUUGAUGAAUUGUUAAUAAGUUGUUAAUGAUACUACAGUGUUAAAUUGAACCCUUUUGGAGAGUUAAGCACUGCAAAAGCAAAACCCAACAUGUUUUUGGCCUACAGAACUGACCAGAACGGAAUCAGAUGAGCCUUACAGCCCUGGAUAGUUACUAUUGAAUAGGAUUUAAAAUAGAAAAUUACAAAAAGUAAUACGUUUCAACUACGGUACUCUUAUGAAUGCAAAUGACUAAAGAAGAAAAUUCACAAUUGAUCGACAACAUUACCCAAGCGUUACGGUCAAUCAAUGACUUUUGGGAAGAAAGUUCAUGUGCUCAUGUAACGCAAUGUACAAUGCCUACUCUACCAUGUAUUGAUUGUACGUCCUUGGUUAAAGGGGACGGGACUUGAUAAGCAUUUGCUUCUCCCGUCAGCCCUCGUCUUUUUUCUUCGUUUUUUCUUUUUUCUUCGGGUUAAUCAUAUCACAUCUUGUAACUGUCAAUGAUACCAAUGAUGAUGACAAUAAAUACUUAUCAAAUCAAAAAAAGACAUCAAUGCUCACGAUAGAUAUUAUUUGAUUAGGGUUAGGGAGUGAUAAUCCUCCUCUGGAUUCAAUAGUUAUAUGUACCAACUGAUCCAACCUUGGUAAUGCUAGUGAAAAGGGAAAGAUGGUUGCUCUAAGUAUCGCAUAUUUCUCAGACUUCUGAUAAUGAGCAAAAUAAUGUUAAAAACCACAACAAAAUUACACUGCUUACUUUGCCAAAAGUAGGCACACAUUCUUUAUACAGUUAUGUUCAACAUUAUUCAACCCCCCACAGUGGAUAAG